AUGGAGAGACGCAAAAGCCUGAGCUCCUCUGAGGAGUUAGUGGGCAGCAAAGAGAUCAGAAGGACGCCUUCGACCUCCUCGCAGUACAACAAUAUCAAUGCAAAUCUUCAUGCUCGAGUAAAGGCGUUCCAGGAGCAACGGCAGCUCAAGCGAAACGGCAGCGUUGGAUCUGACAAAGCCGUAAUGGCUCCUCUCCCGGUCGCAGAUUUGGCCACCGCCGUAGGUUCUACACCGGUUAUGCCUGCACCAGGUAUCGACAAGGUGGUGAACAAGCCGCUGCCUCCGCUGCCUCCACCCAGUCGCGAAAGCGACGCAGUAUUGAACCCGAUCCGAAGAGCACCGCGGCCUCCCGCGCUGCCCAUGGCAGCCGUACCGCUUGGAAACAUGGCCCGCGGCGGGCCGGGUGCUGCCGUGGGCAUGUCCAAACCGAGUCUCAGCGCGCGACGUGGGCUGAAGUUGCCCGCAGGCGGGAUGUCGCUCAAGAUGAAACAGCCCUCGCCUCACGAGUUUGCCGGUGCACCCUCGAAUGCACAACAGCCAGCCGGCGCUGCCGCGCCGGCCAGCAGCCGCAGCAACCCCGGCUCGCUCGUUAACGGUGUUCAAACGACGUCUACAUCUUCCAAUAAACAGCGCGACACCGAGGGCACCACGCCUGCGCAACAGCGCAGUGGAUCCAAUGGUCUUUUCACGAACUUCACCAAGUACGUCGACAUCAAGUCUGGGUCUUUGAACUUUGCCGGUAAGCUGUCGUUGAGCUCACAAGGUGUCGAUUUCAGCAACGGAUCCAGUUUCCGUAUCACCUUGGAUGAGCUUGAAUUUCUCGAGGAACUGGGACACGGUAACUACGGAAAUGUGUCCAAAGUUUUGCACAAGCCCACCAACGUCAUAAUGGCCAUGAAAGAGGUCCGACUCGAGCUCGACGAGUCGAAGUUCACGCAAAUCUUGAUGGAGCUCGAAGUACUCCACAAGUGCCAAUCGCCAUACAUUGUCGAUUUUUACGGUGCCUUUUUCAUCGAGGGUGCCGUGUACAUGUGCAUGGAGUAUAUGGACGGCGGUUCGCUGGAUAAAAGCUACGACCAAGCGACGCUGGGCGGCGUUGACGAGCCUCAACUUGCCAAAAUUACGGAUGCGGUGAUACAAGGACUGAAAGAAUUAAAGGAUGUCCACAAUAUCAUUCACAGAGACGUGAAACCGACCAACAUACUUUGCUCUGCGGCCCAGGGCACGGUCAAACUUUGCGAUUUUGGCGUUUCGGGCAAUCUCGUAGCUUCCCUGGCAAAGACCAAUAUCGGUUGCCAGUCCUACAUGGCCCCAGAACGUAUCAAGUCUCUGAAUCCCGACAAAGCCACGUACACGGUACAAUCGGACGUUUGGUCUCUGGGACUGAGCAUAUUAGAAAUGGCGCUCGGUGCAUACCCAUACCCACCCGAGACUUAUGACAAUAUUUUCUCUCAAUUAAGUGCCAUCGUGGACUCGCCACCCCCUAAGCUUCCAAAAGACCGUUUCAGUCAAGAGGCUCAGGAUUUCGUGAACAUGUGUUUGCAAAAAAUUCCGGAGAGGCGGCCUGGUUAUGCUGCCCUUUUAGAGCAUCCUUGGCUCAAAAAAUAUCGCUCUGAAGACGUCCACAUGAGUGAAUACAUCACAAAACGCCUUGAAAAGCGCGAAGCGCUUCUCAAGGCUAAUGGAGGACAAGAUACUAACAAAAAUGUCCCAGCUUUGCAUAUGGGUGGUCUGUAA